AUGGGUAGCCAAGGACAAGCGGCAACCAACGGCCGGGGAGACGCAGACGACACCAGCGGAAGACGAACCCAGGCGGCGCACUUCGUGUUCGUCCCGCUGAUGGCUCAGGGCCACCUCAUCCCGGCCGUCGACACCGCGCUGCUGCUCUCCACGCACGGCGCGGUCUGCACCAUCGUCGGGACCCCUGCCACGUCUGCGCGGGUACGCCCGAGCAUCGAGUCCGCCCGGCGGCAGUCGGGCCUGCCCGUCCGGCUCGUCGAGUUCCCGCUCGACUACGCCGAGGCCGGCCUGCCCGAAGGCGCCGACAACAUGGACAACGUCCCGGUAGAGUACAUGCAGAGCUACUACAGCGCCGUCGCGCUCCUCCGCGCGCCGAUCGAGAGCUACCUCCGCGCGCACGCGCCGUACCCGACGUGCGUCGUGGCGGACUUCUGCCACCCGUGGACCACGGUGCUCGCGGCCAACCUCGGGGUCCCGCGCCUCAGCUUCUUCAGCAUGUGCGCCUUCUGCCUGCUGUGCCAGCACAAUGUCGAGCGGUUCAACGCGUACGACGGUGUCGCCGAUGACAACGAGCCGGUCGUCGUGCCGGGGCUGGAGAGGUUCGUGGUGACGAGGGCGUAG